AUGCUUAUCCCGCCAUCGGUAAAGCCAGAUCUACCACCUGACUAUAGGGAGACCAAGUGCCCGCAGCAACAGCAACAGCAGCAACAACAGGACUGCGAGAUGCCCACAGACUGCUCGAUAUAUCGACCUAAAUCCCCAAGAAAAUCGGCUUCAGAGGGUUUCUCCACCCCACCAGUACCUCCGAGUUCAGGAUUUCUGAGCGCCUUUAAGGCGCCUCACUCUGUGCCACCCUCGAUGGGCCUUAGUGGAGUGUCAGUUGAUGAUCUGACCUGUUUGCAGAGCGGCCGAACUUACUACUAUGGAUCGCCGGAAACACCCGAGGUUGAAGAUUUGGAGUUCGAUACAACGAAGGGAAAAGUUACCCUAUGGCAAUUUCUAUUGCAACUUCUGCUGGAUCCGCGAUACUGUGACAUAAUUCGGUGGACAAACAACGCUGGAGAGUUUGUUUUACUUCGAGCUGAGGAGGUUGCUCGAUUGUGGGGUCUUCGAAAAGACAACAAUCAUCGAAUGAACUAUGAUAAGCUUUCUCGUGCUCUUCGAUACUACUAUCAGAAAAACAUCAUUCGUAAGGUUCAAGGACACAAAUUCGUCUACCAAUUUAUCGGUCUGCAUCGUUUGAAAGGUCUCAUUCGAAUGCAAAGUGUGGAGGAGGGGACUGUAGAGUCAAUCUUUCCUCCAGAGCUAAUGAAACCUCAACGACGACAAUCAAUUUCAAAUAAACCCAUCGUCGGUAUUUCGUCAGAGAAUUGUUUCAACGGUUUCUCAUCAUUUAGCAAACAGACGACGACGCCAUUUAUGGACUCCUUUAACAACCCACAAACCUCCAAGUCACCACAGGUGCUUUCUUCUAGUCAAGAUGUACCAAAAUUAAGUCCUAGCCACUAUCAACCUCCUUUCCCUUCCAAUUUGAGUCAAUCAUUUGACUUUGGGGUGCCAAGUACUUCCUCCACCUCUUUCCCCUUCCAUGCAGUCCAAUCUAGCUCUUCCUGUAAUUUUACGAGGCUCUAUCCCAACCUUCCAAAAACUAGCGAAAAUUCACGUUUUCCUACAUCCACCUCAGAAAGUGUUGGAACGAUGGCUUCACUUGUGUGUAAGGAUAUGCUUCAAGCUCUUCUGCCACCAAAUCGACCCUCCAAACGAUCUUCUUCACCCGACUGUCAUUGCAGCUGUCAUGGUUCAAUGACCUCACCUCCAAAAGUCUACGAAAAUCAGUCUCUGCAUUUUAGCCCAAAUCCUCCGCAUCCUUCUCCUCCAUCAGUUCCACUGCCCGUGCACCGAAAACCGCGAUCGUUGGAUUGCUGGUCACCAGUAAGCGGAGGUCAACAUGAAGAACCUCUUCCACCUCCGCCUCCUACAACCGAUCAUCGGUCACUCCUGCAUUGGCAACGCCAUAUGAUCAAUAUGAACCGACUGAAGGAGCAGAUUCAACGAGUUUCCAGAUGCACUGAGGAUGGGAAACCUCUUUUACAAGCUUCGUCACCGCAUCUCCAGUCCCAAUCAAUUUUUCGGCCUUUUGACGUGUCACGUACAGAGAGUGGAAAGUCUGAUGAGAUGGAAGCUGAAACGAAGUCAAAUCAAAAGGCGGCUGAGGAUGUAUCGAGUGGUUCUACGACCAUUACCAACGGAGCCAACAACAGCAAUGGCAGCAGCAACAGCUCCAACGGCAAUGGAAAUUACAUCUGGAUGCCAAUUCAAGUGGACUUGGUGGAGCACUUUAUGUCAAUGCUGUCACAGACUCUUCAAGAUCGAAAACCCAGAGAGCCACCACUGGCGCACUCCUCGCCGCAUUGCUGA